AUGAAUUUGGGUGGUUUUCCUGUUGUUUUGUUGUUUUUAAUAAUAAAAGUCGAAGAAAUCACAGCAGUUGGUUUUGCGGAAGAGUUAUAUUGUGGUUUAGAAAAUUGUUACGAAGUUUUGGACAUUUCUCGUGAAGAGUUCGAUAAGCAAAAACUUUCAAAAAGCUACAGAUCGCUAGCGAAAAAGUACCACCCCGAUAGAAUCAGAGAUCCAGAUGAAAAAGUUAGAGCUACUGAAAGAUUCCGAGUUGUGGCAACUGCUUAUGAAACUUUAAAGGAUGACGAAGCCCGUGUUGAAUAUGAUUACUACCUCGAUCACCCAGAAGAAAGAUUUUAUAACUAUUAUCAAUACUAUCGAAGAAAAAUGGUUCCUAAGGUUGAUGUUCGUUUGGUUAUUCUUGGUACUAUCUUAUCCAUUUCACUGUUUCAAUACUAUAGUGCUAAGCAAAAAUAUUCUGAAGCGAUAGCCUAUGCAAUGACUGUUGGCAAGUUCCGAAAUUUGGCAAUCAACACAGGAGUCGAAAGAGGGGUAUUAGAGAUGGAUACGAAAGGCAAACUCAAAAAGUUGAAAGACAAGAACAAUGAAGACGUUAUCAAGUCUAUCAUAGAAGAGAACAUGGACGUCCGAGGAGGUUACAGAAAAGAAUCCGUCUACGACACCUUAAUGUGGCACACGAUUGUUCUCCCUGUCACUAUUGGAAAGCUAGCAAUUUGGAAUGGUAAUUGGGUGUGGAAAUAUUGGGUCCAAAGAAUGGAAUUGGACAAGAAUGAUAAACUAUAUCUCAUCCGAAGAAAUUUGAAAGUUAGCGAGAGUCAAUUUUUGUCAAUGACAGAGGAAGAACAUGAAGAUAUGCUAGCGCAAGAGAUUUGGAAAUCCGAAAAGUUCAAAGAGUGGCAAAAUGAUAAACAAGCGGAAGAGCAAGAAAAACUCAUCAAAAGUGGAAAAUAUAAGAGAUAUAAACGUUAUAUGAAAAAUAACGCUGGUUCCAUCUCCUUCUUGGAUGAGGAAUAG